AUGAGACUAAAAGUAGCAGUUGAUGGUAUCAUGAAUCCCAAAUAUGCUUGCAAAAACACUGGAUUUGCAAGUUGGGAAAAUUUUAAUAUAGCAGACAAUGAUUAUGUUUCAGGGAAAUUUGACAUAGAAAUUUUCGACCCAAACAUAGCGAGAUCUAUUGCUAAAAGUUGAGAAAUGCGUCAUAAUGUGUACACAGGGCUUAACAAGCCAAACAAAAAUUUCCAAUUUGUCAGCAAAGCGAGUUAUAUUUCUUAA